ACAACCACACACCCUUAUCUUCUUCAUCUGCCCAGAAAAAAAAUGUAAGGGCAGAGCUUGAAAUUAAAGCUUUGCUUUAAAUUUAGAACCUUGGAAAACCUUCUGAUAUAUUUCCUCCUAUUUCAGAUCUUAGCUUAAUUUUAAUGGCUUCCCUUACUCUCCCUAACCACUUUCUUCUUCCCUCUCCCUCCCACACCCACACUCCUAAACAUCCAUGUUAUCAAACUCUCUCAUUUCUCUCCAAAUCUCAAUUUUAUGGCCUCAGCUUCUCUUAUUCUCCCUCUUUCUUAAUACCAUCUUCCCUUCCAAUGAAAACAACUAUUUCUGCCAAGGUGAGCAAAGGGCAAGUACCACCAUCCUUCAAAUUGAAAGAUCAAGACGGAAAGCUUGUGAGCCUCGACAAGUUUAAAGGGAAGCCUGUGGUUGUGUAUUUCUAUCCUGCUGAUGAGACCCCUGGCUGCACCAAGCAGGCCUGUGCUUUCAGAGAUUCUUAUGAGAAGUUUAAGAAAGCUGGAGCUGAGGUUAUUGGAAUUAGCGGAGAUGAUACUGCAUCCCACAAGGCAUUUGCAAAAAAAUACAGACUUCCAUUUACAUUGCUGAGUGAUGAGGGUAACAAGGUGAGAAAAGAGUGGGGAGUGCCAUCUGACCUGUUUGGAGCUUUGCCAGGGAGAGAGACUUAUGUUCUUGAUAAGAAAGGUGUAGUUCAACUAGUCUACAACAACCAGUUCCAGCCUGAAAAGCAUAUUGAUGAGACCUUGAAACUACUUCAAAGUCUUUGAAUUUCUCAAUUUGGUUUCUCUUAUUUCCUUCACUGCUUCUUGCCUUUGCUUUUAAUGAAUGUUCGUGAUUUUGUAAACUGGUAGUUAUGCAGGUUCAAUUCUUGUAUCUAUGAUUAGAUACCCAUAUAUUGCACAGCUAUAAUCUGCAUUUAA